CUUCAGUGUGUUUGAGGGAGCAGAGGAGAAACUUGUGCGUUCUGAACCGAUGAAAUGGAGCUGAAGGAGAUGAUGGGGAGAUGUUUGAUGCUGAUGUUACUGAUCAAACUCAUCACUGCUGAACAUGCAAAUGUGAGGUUGGUUAAUGGUACCAGUCGCUGUGCUGGUAGAGUGGAGGUUCAUCAUAGAGGUCAGUGGGGAACAGUGUGUGAUGAUUUCUGGGAUUUGGUUGAUGCUGCAGUGGUGUGUAGAGAGCUGGACUGUGGAGAACCUGUAGAUGCUCUGAGUGAUGCUCAUUUUGGACCAGGAUCAGGACCGAUCUGGAUGACUUUUGUCAUGUGUACUGGAUCAGAGUCUACACUGAAGAACUGUGGGUCAUCAGGAUGGGGUAAACAUAGCUGUGAUCAUAGUAAAGAUGCUGGAGUCAUCUGCUCAGGAGUCAGGCUGGUUGGAGGUUCUCACUGCUCUGGGAGGUUAGAGAUACUUGAUGAUCAGUCGUGGGUUUCAGUGUGUGCUGCUGCCUUUGACCAGCAGGAUGCAGAGGUUGUGUGUAGAGAGCUGGACUGUGGGGCUCCUGUACAGGUGCUGGGAGAAGAUGCUUUUGGCAAAGGAGACGCUCAGAUGUGGACACACGAGAUUCAGUGCAGAGGAAAUGAGUCUCAGAUUCACCUCUGUUCAACAUCACCAUCACAUGAAAACAACUGUUCACAUGAAGAUAGUGUUGGGUUGGUGUGUGCAGAACAUGCAAAUGUGAGGUUGGUUAAUGGUACCAGUCGCUGUGCUGGUAGAGUGGAGGUUCUUCAUAGAGGUCAGUGGGGAACAGUGUGUGGUGAUCUCUGGGAUUUGGCUGAUGCUGCAGUGGUGUGUAGAGAGCUGGACUGUGGAGAACCUGUAGAUGCUCUGAGUGAUGCUUCUUUUGGACCAGGAUCAGGACCAAUCUGGAUGAGUACUGUCAUGUGUACUGGAUCAGAGACUACAGUGAAGAACUGUGGGUCAGAAUGGGGUAAACAUAGAUGUGAUCACGGUAAACAUGCUGGAGUCAUCUGCUCAGGAGUCAGGCUGGUCGGAGGUUCUCGCUGCUCUGGGAGGUUAGAGAUACUUGAUGAUCAGUCGUGGGUUUCAGUGUGUGCUGCUGCCUUUGACCAGCAGGAUGCAGAGGUUGUGUGUAGAGAGCUGGACUGUGGGGCUCCUGUACAGGUGCUGAGAGAAGAUGCUUUUGGAAAAGGAGACGCUCAGAUGUGGACACAAGAGAUUCAGUGCAGAGGAAAUGAGUCUCAGAUUCACCUCUGUCCAACAUCACCAUCACAUGAAAACAACUGUUCUCAUGAAAGUGAUGUUGGACUGGUGUGUGCAGAUGGUGUGAAUGUGAGACUGAUAAAUGUUACCAGUCGCUGUGCUGGUAGAGUGGAGGUUCUUCAUAGAGGUCAGUGGGGAACAGUGUGUGGUGAUUCCUGGGAUAUGACUGAUGCUGCAGUGGUGUGUAGAGAGCUGGACUGUGGAGAACCUUCAGAUGCUCUGAUUGAUGCUCAUUUUGGACCAGAACCAACAUGGACAUGGAGUACUGUGUUGUGUGCUGGAUCAGAGUCUUCACUGAAGAACUGUGGAGCAUCAAUAGGGAAUAGACAUGGCUGUGGUCCUAAUGGAAUAGCCAGAGUCAUCUGCUCAGGAGUCAGGCUGGUUGGAGGUUCUCGCUGCUCUGGGAGGUUAGAGAUACUUGAUGAUCAGACGUGGGUUUCAGUGUGUGCUGCUGCCUUUGACCAGCAGGAUGCAGAGGUUGUGUGUAGAGAGCUGGACUGUGGGGCUCCUGUACAGGUGCUGGGAGAAGAUGCUUUUGGCAAAGGAGACACUCAGAUGUGGACACAAGAGAUUCAGUGCAGAGGAAAUGAGUCUCAGAUUCACCUCUGUUCAACAUCACCACCAUUUAAAAGCAACUGUUCACAUGAGCACAGCAUUGGUUUGCUGUGUACUGACAUAAUAAAUACAAGACUGCAAAAUGGUACAAGUCGCUGUGCUGGUACAGUGGAGGUUCAUCAUAGAGGUCAGUGGGGAACAGUGUGUGGUGUUGGCUGGGAUUUGGCUGAUGCUGCAGUGGUGUGUAGAGAGCUGGACUGUGGAGAACCUGUAGACGCUCUGUAUAUUGAUAAUCUUGAACCAAGAUCAGGACCAGUCUCGUUGAACAAUGCGAUGUGUACUGGAUCUGAGUCCACACUUAAGAAAUGUGGAUUCAUACAAUCAAGUGAUCCUGAUGUGUGUCUUAAUAAGAGUGCUCAAGUCAUUUGUUCAGGAGUCAGGCUGGUUGGAGGUUCUCGUUGCUCUGGGAGGUUAGAGAUACUUGAUAAUCAGACGUGGGUUUCAGUGUGUGCUGCUGCCUUUGACCAGCAGGAUGCAGAGGUUGUGUGUAGAGAGCUGGACUGUGGGGCUCCUGUACAGGUGCUGGGAGAAGAUGCUUUUGGAAAAGGAGACGCUCAGAUGUGGACACAAGAGAUUCAGUGCAGAGGAAAUGAGUCUCAGAUUCACCUCUGUCCAACAUCACCAUCACAUGAAAAUACCUGUUCUCAUGAUAGUUAUGUUGGACUGGUGUGUGCAGACAUUAUAAGAGUGAGGUUGGUUGGUGGUCACAGUCGCUGUGCUGGUAGAGUGGAGGUUCUUCAUAGAGGUCAGUGGGGAACAGUGUGUGGUGUUGGCUGGGAUAUGCCUGAUGCUGCAGUGGUGUGUAGAGAGCUGGACUGUGGAGAACCUGUAGAUGCUCUGAGUGAUGCUUACUUUGGACCAGGAUCAGGACCAAUCUGGACAAAUCGCAGUUUAUGUACUGGAUCAGAAUCUACACUGAAGAACUGUGGAUCAGUAGUUUGGGGUUUUUAUGACUGUGAUCAUACAAAAGAUGCAGGAGUCAUCUGCUCAGGCCUCAGGCUGAUUGGAAAGUCCAGUUGCUCUGGGAGGUUAGAGAUUCUUGAUAAUCAGACGUGGGUUUCAGUGUGUGCUGCUGCCUUUGACCAGCAGGAUGCAGAGGUUGUGUGUAGAGAGCUGGACUGUGGGGCUCCUGUACAGGUGCUGGGAGAAGAUGAUUUUGGCAAAGGAGACGCUCAGAUGUGGACACAAGAGAUUCAGUGCAGAGGAAAUGAGUCUCAGAUUCACCUCUGUCCAACGUCAUCCUCACACAAACACAACUGUUCAUAUGAUAAUGGCCAGGGGCUGCUGUGUGCUGGUAAGAGUUAA